AUGGAGCUUCUUCUCACGUUUUCUCUUGUCCUAUUUGCAUUCCUCGCCAUCUCAUUUACACUAAAUUACAUCUUCACCCGAAAAGUUAAGAAUGAAAAAACCAAUCUUCCUCCAGGAAAUUCAGGAUGGCCAGUGAUCGGAGAAACCCUAGAAUAUUUCUCGAAGCUUAAAGAUUGCAUUCCCGAACAGUUUGCAACGGAAAGAAUGAAAAAAUACUCGACCAAAGUGUUCCGAACAAACAUAAUUGGUCAUCCGACAAUAAUCUUGGCCGGAGUUGAAGGAAACAAGUUUUUAUUCUCUAACGAGAAUAAGCUUGUUCAGGCAUGGUGGCCGGCGACAAUGGACAAGAUAUUUCCUAAAUCGAGCAAGAAAACGGCGAGGGAAGAGUUUAUUAAGGUGAAGAAAAUGCUUCAUUCGUUUCUUAAAGCUGAUGGGCUUCAAAAGUACGUGGAAAUUAUGGAUUUGGUUAUGAGAGAGAGUUUGGAGAGAGAUUGGAAGGGGAAGAAUGAGGUUUUGGCCGGCGAGGUUGUGAAGAAAUAUACUUUUGCACUUGCUUGUAGGGUUGUUUUGGGAAUUGAUGAUUCUGAAAAACUUGACAAACUUGCUAAGCCCGUACAAGAUAUUGCUAAAGGGGUCAUAUGUGUACCAAUCAAUUUUCCUGGAACCGCACUUAACCAAGCAAUAAAUUCAUCAAAGGUGAUGAGAUUGGAAAUAAAAGAAAUGAUAAAGAAGAGGAAGAUAGAGAUCGCGGAGAAAGUAGAACAAAAGAAAAAUGUUCUUUCAACUUUGCUUUUGGCAAGCUGCGACGAGAACUCACAAUUCAUGAAUGAUGGAGACAUUUCAAGCCACAUUGUUGGACUCUUCAGUGCCGGCUUCGACACUCUCAAUUCUCCUCUAAGCUUUAUAAUGAUGUAUCUCGUUGAUUAUCCCGAUAUUUAUGAGAAAGUCCUCAGUGGUAUAUAUAUGAUUUUGUUUAUGUUCUUUAUCAAGUUUAAUUUAACUUAG